AUGGCGAAGGAGCCGGAGAUGGUCGCCGUCGCCGAGGCCGGCGGGGAGCGGAAGAGGAAGAAGACGCUGGGGCGGCAGAAGAUCGAGAUCAAGCGCAUCAAGUGCGCCAGCGCUACGCACGUGUGUUUCUCCAAGCGCCGCAACGGCCUCUACAAGAAGGCCACCGAGCUCUGCGUGCUCACCGGCGCGAGCCUCGCCAUCGUCGUCUUCUCCCCCGCCGACAAGCCCUACUCGCUCGGCUACCCCUCCGUGCACGCCGUCCUCGAGGGCUACCUCGACCCCGCCUCCUACGUCCCGCCCACCGCGGCCGAGGCGGCGGCGCUCGCGGCGGCCGCGCGCGAGUACGAGUGCGAGCGCGAGCGCCUAGACAAGGCCCUCGAGGCGGAGAAGCGGCGGCGUAUCGCGCUCGACGCGGCGGCGCGCGCGGCCGGCGUGUGGACUGGCGACGACGACGUGCGCCUCAAGGGGAUGCCGGAGCUCGUCGCCAUGCUCGCCGCGCUCGAGCGGGUCCAGGCCGAGGCCAACAUGAUGCAGCGCGCGCACGAGGUCAUCGCCGAGGAGGCCAUCAUGAUGCAGCAGUGCGCGGCGGCGGCGGGCGCCGGCGAUGCCGCCAUCAGCGCCUUCCAGUUCGAGUACCCCGGCGCCGGCACGUUCACGGCGGACGGCGCCGGCGGUGCCGGCGGCAGCAGCUAUUACCAGGAGGCCAUGGGCGCACAGAUGAUGCUGAUGGGCGGCAACGUCGUCAGCCAUGGCGCCCAUGCGCCGCUGCCUUUUGCUCCGAUGCUGCUGCCUCCUGAUCUUCCGCCGCAGCCACAUUUCAACUAUGGCUCUGACCGCUACAAUAUCGCAGGCUAUGGCUAUGGCUAUGGCUACGACCUUGUAGAUGGCAGCAACCAUGGCGCCGCGUAUGAAAUGGAAGGGUUUCACGGGACGAGAACGACGACAACAUGCAACUUCUUUGGGUAG